GCUGUUGUCUAUAGACAAUAACCGGCUCAAGGCUGUUGUGUUGUAUACAUUACAUUAUAUACUACGUUGUACGUUGUAUGUACAUAAGUACAUACGUGGAAAUAAAAAGCACAACUCGUCCUAUCUUAUAAUAUGUAGUCUUACAUUUUGCAAAGUAUACACUUAAGUACUCGUCUGUUUAUUUUUCUUCGUGACAAAUGUUUCUUGUGUUCGUGUUUCACACGUGUUAAGCAUCCAAGUAUGAUUAAUUACUUAAGUAUUUCAAAGCUUCUUCUAUACUAAGUAGGUACAGCAUGCAGUGCGUGUGUUAGUCAUUUACAUCCUCGAGUAUGACUCGAGAAUCCCAACUUGAGUAUCUACGUAUAAUAGUGUGGUACACGCGUGGAAAAAAAAAACGACAAUCGCGCAAUUAAUGCAGGGUUUUGAAGAGGCGCUCAAUCGUCACGGAUUCACAGAACAGCUGCCAAGUACUGUAUACUUAACAAGAAGAAUCAUUGACUCGGCGCGCUUACCCAUUUGAGAUGUUAAGAAAAAACGGCAACAAUGAUAAAAACGAUGCCGGGGCAGGAUCAGCUUUCACAGGUGGUGAGAGAAAGAUUUCUGCGGCUGAACCGAGACUUUGUCAAGCGAGGAGCCUCUUUGGCGGAUUUAAAACGCGCCUGCGAAAAAGAAAUGAAAAUCAUCAGGAACAACGGCAGCAACUACAAUGAUAUCAAUCGUGAUCGUCGUUAUGGCGAUAGCCCCAAGAAGAGGUCGGUUUUCAAGCUGCUCGUUUUAAUUUUACUCUUGCCGAUCCUGUACAGCAUUGUUAUCGAGCGUUAUGGUCUCGAGUACGUGAUCAAACACAUCGAGGGCACAAGGUGCCUCGUGCCAAAUAACUACCUGGUGUGGGAAUUCACGAGGCCCGUCUCGGAUUGCGAAUUUUGCCGUGGCGUCAAGUCCGCUCUCUUGCUGGAAAACGUCACGAGGGAACAGUUUGCUCCGUACGCCUACUCCUCCAAGCCGAUAGUCGUCAAGCAGGCGGCUCGACACUGGAUGGCCUCCAAAGUCUUUAGCUUGCAAUUCUUUCGCAGUCUGUACGAGCUCAUAGACGGCGCUUACGAGUCCGUCGACGAGGAGGGCCAAUUUUUGCCCUUCAGGGGCAACUUUGCCAAUCUGAGGGAAGUCUUUGGGAUGAGCGAGAGUCGAGCGAUGAACCUACCGGGUGAGGAGCCCUGGUACGUCGGCUGGAAAAACUGUCAUCCCCAGAUCUUGCAGAUAAUGAACAAGUUUUACCAGCCGCCACAUUUUCUGCCAGAGGAUGCGGAGAUACCCAACACUAAUUACAUAUUUUUAGGUUACGAUCAGGGUGCUAAUAUGCAUCUCGAUUAUAUUUCCCGCCUCAUGUGGCAAGGACAAAUAAUAGGAAGCAAAACGUGGACCGUUGCACCGACUCCCGAGUGCGACGACGUCUGCGAGAAAUUCAAGUUUUUCGUCGACACGGGUGAUGUUGUUUUACUCGACACCAGAAUAUGGUAUCACGGCACCCAAGUGGAAAACAGGAGGUUCAGCCUUACCAUUACCUCGGAAUAUGGGUGAGAUGAGAUUAUACACGAGGACAUUAAUGGAUUUUACAAUGUUUACCAAGAUUUGCCUACUUACGUACAACUAGAACUAAGUGAAGUAGAAAAUUUUUAUUCGUAGUGUUUUGUACAUGCUUGUUGUAAAUAAUUUACUUUUUAAAGCUUAUGAAAAUUUGCGUCUUCAAAGACAAAAGCGUUAUUUAAUGAUGUAAUGUAUUCAAUCAGUGCCAAAAAUUGACAAAUAGUUCAAAUAUACUUAAUGCGAUAAAAAGACAGUUGCAAUGCCAUAUUUUUCUUGUAAAUCAAGAAUUUUUUAUGACUGAAAAACUACAAAAUAAUUUUAAGACUAUGUAAUUGUAU